AUGAUUGUAUCAGAUCGACACAAUGCUAUCAUCGGAGGAGUGGCAUCAAUCUUUGGGGGUCAAAGGCAUGCCUUUUGUUAUAGACACAUCAAGGAGAAUUUUAGUUCAGAAGUUAUGAAAAUGAAUAAGGGGCAAACAAGGACAAAUGGCCGAUCAAAGGAGGAUGCACUAUAUUUAUUGGAUAAAAUUGCAUACGCAAGGACGGAUGAGAAAUUUGAGGCAGCAAUGGAUGACAUGAGAUCCUUUUCUCCAAGGCUAUUUGAUUGGCUUAUUCAUUAUGGGGAUGUAGAUAGGUGGGCUAAAAGUAGGUUCCCAUAUAAAAGAUGGGACAAUAUUACAAGUAAUAUAGCAGAAUCAUUCAAUGCAUGGAUGGUGAAUGAGAGAAAGCAUACUGUACCCCAAUUGAUCUAUGAGCACCGAGAUAAAGUUGCAAGAAAGCUGCAUGCCUCCUAUGUGGCUAUGACCAAAUGGAAGAAUUGCGUUGGUCCAAAUAUAGAGAGUAAGGUGCUGGAUAUGGUGGCUGGGUCUGACCAUAUGUCUGCUGAAAAUUAUGGUGGGGGAAGAGUGAAGGUGACAACAUCAUGUGGAGACCAUCGGGUUGAUCUUGGACUACACCAAUGCAGUUGCAGAUCUUGGCAAAUGACAGGGAUCCCUUGUUCCCAUGCUUGUGCUGCCAUCAAGAUUGUGCACGGCAAUGUUUAUGAUUAUAUUGAUAAUUGCUAUAAAAAGUCAUCACAAGAAAAGAUCUAUGCUCGCAGUAUGAUUCCUGUGGUAACAACAUACAUGCCUCACCCAAAUGACUACUAUAGAAUAGAAAAUGUUAGUGAGCAAGUUUUCUUGCUACCUCCCAUGACAUCCCGACCACCAGGAAGGCCAAAAGUAAACAGGGAUGAAUCACAGUUCCAGAACAAAUGGAUAUACCACUGUGGAAGAUGCCACCAGCCUGGACACACAAGGAGGAAUUGCAGAAAUCCUAACCCAUCAUGA